GGACACUCCUGAGUGCAGCUCGGAGCGGGGAAAGCGGAAUUCCGAGGGCUGAAGAGGCCGAGCAGGGGACCAGCGCCUGCGAUGCGGAGCGUGGACUUCUUGGGCCGUACCCCUGCGGCUCAAGUUGCCCCGGAUUCGCUUCUCCCGCCGUGCAGCCCGGCGCGGGCCGCUGUCCACAGUGGGAGGUGCUGAAAGCAGGGAGCGGGUGCGGGGGCGGCUAGGCGGACGGCUGCUCCGAGCGCCCCCCUCCUCGCUCCGCGGCUCCUCCAGCCCUCCCCUCCUCCCGCAGCCAUGUUCCACGCGCGGGGAGGGGUGGGGGGAGGGGAGAGGCACGGGGGAUCAGGGCGGAGAGAGCCGGCUCUGCCUCGGGGAAGGAGGGGAUGAGAGUUGGGGGGAGCAGCGGGAGGAGGCGGCGGCGGCGGCUAGCGAGGAGACAGAGCUGGGUCCUGCAGUAGGACUCCCGGGAGCCACCAUCAUGGUGAAGAGGAAGAGCUCCGAGGGCCAGGAGCAGGACGGCGGCCGCGGCAUCCCCCUGCCUAUCCAGACCUUCCUGUGGCGGCAAACCAGUGCAUUUUUGAGGCCCAAACUGGGGAAGCAAUAUGAAGCUUCUUGUGUGUCCUUUGAGCGAGUGUUGGUAGAAAACAAGCUGCAUGGCCUCUCUCCAGCUCUCUCUGAAGCCAUCCAGAGCAUUUCCAGAUGGGAACUGGUGCAAGCUGCUUUGCCUCAUGUCCUCCACUGCACUGCAACCCUGCUUUCAAACCGAAACAAGCUAGGCCACCAGGAUAAAUUGGGUGUUGCUGAGACAAAGCUCCUUCACACUCUACACUGGAUGCUUCUGGAAGCCCCCCAGGACUGCAACAAUGAGCGGUUUGGGGGUACAGACCGAGGCUCUAGCUGGGGUGGAAGCAGCAGUGCUUUCAUCCAUCAGGUUGAAAACCAGGGUUCUCCAGGGCAGCCUUGCCAAAGCAGCUCUAAUGACGAAGAAGAGAACAACCGAAGAAAGAUCUUCCAGAACUCCAUGGCUACUGUGGAGCUCUUCGUGUUUCUGUUUGCUCCCCUGGUACACAGGAUCAAGGAAUCUGACCUCACCUUCCGUCUGGCCAGUGGGCUUGUUAUAUGGCAGCCCAUGUGGGAACACAGACAGCCCGAAGUCUCUGGCUUUACUGCACUAGUGAAGCCCAUCAGGAACAUCAUUACAGCUAAGAGAAGUUCUCCUAUCAACAGUCAAAGCCGGACCUGUGAAUCACCAAAUCAAGACGCAAGACAUUUAGAGGGACUCCAGGUGGUUUGUGAAACAUUCCAGUCUGAUUCCAUCUCACCCAAGGCCACCAUUUCAGGCUGUCACCGAGGAAACUCCUUUGAUGGAAGUCUGUCCUCCCAAACUUCCCAGGAAAGAGGCCCAUCACAUUCCAGGGCCUCUCUUGUGAUACCUCCAUGCCAAAGGUCCCGCUAUGCCACCUACUUUGACGUUGCUGUUCUGCGCUGCCUACUUCAGCCCCAUUGGUCUGAGGAAGGCACUCAGUGGUCUCUGAUGUACUAUCUACAAAGGCUGCGACACAUGUUGGAAGAGAAGCCAGAAAAGCCUCCAGAGCCAGAUAUUCCUCUCCUGCCCAGACCCAGGAGUAGCUCCAUGGUGGUGGCAGCUCCCUCACUAGUGAACACCCACAAAACCCAAGAUCUCACCAUGAAGUGUAACGAGGAGGAAAAAUCUCUUAGCUCUGAGGCCUUUUCCAAGGUUUCACUGACCAAUCUGCGUAGAUCUGCAGUCCCAGAUCUUUCUUCAGACCUGGGUAUGAAUAUUUUUAAAAAGUUCAAGAGCCGCAAAGAAGACCGAGAGAGGAAAGGCUCCAUUCCAUUCCACCACACAGGCAAGAGGAGGCCACGGAGAAUGGGAGUGCCCUUCCUGCUUCACGAGGACCACCUGGAUGUGUCCCCCACGCGCAGCGCAUUCUCCUUUGGAAGUUUCUCUGGGCUGGGAGAAGACAGGCGAGGAAUUGAGAAAGGAGGCUGGCAAACCACCAUUUUAGGGAAAUUGACCCGGCGAGGCAGUUCAGAUGCAGCCACUGAGAUGGAGAGUCUGAGCGCCAGGCAUUCCCACUCCCAUCACACCCUGGUAAGCGACCUGCCGGACCCCUCCAACAGCCAUGGAGAAAACACCGUCAAGGAAGUGCGAUCUCAGAUCUCCACCAUCACAGUUGCGACGUUCAAUACCACUUUGGCGUCAUUCAACGUAGGCUACGCAGACUUUUUCAAUGAGCAUAUGAGGAAACUCUGCAACCAGGUGCCUAUCCCGGAGAUGCCACAUGAACCUCUGGCAUGUGCUAACCUACCUCGAAGCCUCACAGACUCCUGCAUAAACUACAGCUACCUAGAGGACACAGAACAUAUUGACGGGACCAAUAACUUUGUCCACAAGAAUGGAAUGCUUGAUCUUUCUGUAGUUCUGAAGGCUGUUUAUCUUGUCCUUAAUCAUGACAUCAGCUCUCGUAUCUGUGACGUGGCGCUAAACAUUGUGGAAUGCUUGCUUCAACUUGGUGUGGUGCCCUGUGUAGAAAAGAAUAGAAAGAAGAGUGAAAACAAGGAAAAUGAGACUUUGGAAAAGAGGCCAAGUGAGGGAGCUUUCCAGUUCAAAGGAGUAUCUGGAAGUUCCACCUGUGGAUUCGGAGGCCCUGCUGUUAGUGGAGCUGGAGAUGGUGGAGGAGAAGAAGGAGGAGGUGGAGAUGGAGGAGGUGGAGGAGGUGAUGGAGGAGGAGGUGGAGGAGGUGGAGGCGGCCCUUAUGAGAAGAAUGAUAAGAACCAAGAGAAGGAUGAAAGUACACCUGUAAGCAACCAUAGGCUUGCUCUAACAAUGCUCAUCAAAAUAGUGAAGUCUUUGGGAUGUGCCUAUGGUUGUGGAGAAGGACACCGAGGGCUCUCUGGAGAUCGUCUGAGACACCAGGUAUUCCGAGAGAAUGCCCAGAACUGCCUCACUAAGCUAUACAAGCUAGAUAAGAUGCAGUUCCGACAAACCAUGAGGGACUAUGUGAACAAGGACUCUCUCAAUAAUGUAGUGGACUUCUUGCAUGCUUUGUUAGGAUUUUGUAUGGAGCCGGUCACUGACAACAAGGCUGGGUUUGGAAAUAACUUCACCACAGUGGACAACAAAUCCACAGCCCAAAAUGUGGAAAGCAUUAUCGUCAGCGCCAUGUUUAAAUCCCUCAUCACACGCUGCGCUUCAACCACACAUGAAUUGCACAGCCCUGAGAAUCUGGGACUGUAUUGUGACAUUCGUCAGCUGGUCCAGUUUAUCAAAGAGGCUCAUGGGAAUGUCUUCAGGAGAGUGGCCCUCAGCGCUCUGCUUGACAGUGCCGAGAAGUUAGCACCAGGGAAAAAGGUGGAGGAGAAUGAACAGGAAUCUAAGCCUGCAGGCAGUAAAAGGUCAGAGGCGGGAAGCAUUGUGGAUAAAGGCCAGGUAUCCUCUGCACCUGAGGAAUGUCGCAGCUUCAUGUCCGGUCGCCCCUCACAGACUCCAGAGCACGAUGAGCAAAUGCAAGGAGCCAACCUGGGGCGGAAAGAUUUCUGGCGUAAGAUGUUCAAGUCCCAGAGUGCAGCAAGUGAUACCAGCAGCCAGUCUGAGCAGGACACUUCAGAAUGCACGACUGCCCACUCAGGGACCACCUCUGACCGACGUGCCCGUUCACGAUCCCGCAGAAUUUCCCUCCGGAAGAAGCUUAAACUCCCCAUAGGUAAAAGGAACUGGCUGAAAAGAUCAUCCCUCUCGGGCCUGGCAGAUGGUGUGGAGGACCUCCUGGACAUUAGCUCUGUGGACCGACUCUCUUUCAUCAGGCAAAGCUCCAAGGUCAAAUUCACUAGUGCUGUGAAGCUUUCUGAAGGUGGGCCAGGAAGUGGCAUGGAAAAUGGAAGAGAUGAAGAGGAGAGUUUCUUCAAACGUCUUGGUUGCCACAGUUUUGAUGAUCAUCUCUCUCCCAACCAAGAUGGUGGAAAAAGCAAAAACGUGGUGAAUCUUGGAGCAAUCCGACAAGGCAUGAAACGCUUCCAAUUUCUGUUAAACUGCUGUGAGCCAGGGACAAUUCCUGAUGCCUCCAUCCUAGCAGCUGCCUUGGAUCUAGAAGCCCCUGUGGUGGCCAGAGCAGCCUUGUUCCUGGAAUGUGCUCGUUUUGUUCACCGCUGCAACCGUGGCAACUGGCCAGAGUGGAUGAAAGGGCACCACGUGAACAUCACCAAGAAAGGCCUUUCCCGGGGACGCUCUCCCAUUGUGGGCAACAAGCGAAACCAGAAGCUGCAGUGGAAUGCGGCCAAGCUCUUCUACCAAUGGGGAGACGCAAUUGGCGUCCGAUUAAAUGAGCUGUGCCACGGGGAAAGUGAGAGCCCAGCCAACCUGCUGGGUCUCAUUUAUGAUGAAGAGACCAAGAGGAGACUUAGAAAGGAGGAUGAGGAGGAAGACUUUUUAGAUGACAGUAAGGAGACUCCCUUUACUACAAGAACCCCUGCUUGUACUGUGAACCCCUCUAAAUGCGGUUGCCCCUUUGCCUUGAAGAUGGCAGCAUGUCAGCUUCUUCUGGAGAUUACCACCUUCCUGCGAGAGACCUUUUCUUGCCUUCCCAGACCUCGCACUGAGCCUCUGGUGGACUUGGAGAGCUGCAGACUUCGUUUGGAUCCCGAGUUGGACCGGCACAGAUAUGAGAGGAAGAUCAGCUUUGCUGGGGUACUGGACGAAAAUGAAGACUCAAAAGAUUCUCUCCACAGCAGCAGCCACACUCUCAAAUCAGAUGCAGGAGUCGAGGAGAAGAAAGUUCCCAGCAGGAAGAUCAGGAUAGGAGGUUCUCGCCUGCUCCAGAUUAAAGGAACCCGCAGUUUCCAGGUGAAGAAGGGGGGUUCCUUGUCCAGCAUUCGCCGGGUCGGCAGCUUAAAGAGCAGCAAGUUAUCACGGCAGGACUCAGAGUCUGAGGCUGAGGAGCUGCAGCUGUCCCAGAGCAGGGACACUGUCACUGACCUAGAAGGGAGUCCUUGGAGUGCAAGCGAGCCCAGCAUUGAGCCAGAGGGAAUGAGCAAUGCCGGCGCAGAGGAGAAUUACCACAGAAACAUGUCGUGGCUUCAUGUGAUGAUCUUGCUGUGCAAUCAGCAGAGUUUCAUCUGCACUCACGUUGACUACUGCCAUCCCCACUGCUACCUGCACCACAGCCGCUCCUGUGCCCGACUGGUCAGAGCCAUCAAGCUACUCUAUGGAGACAGUGUGGACUCCCUGAGGGAAAGCAGCAACAUCAGCAAUGUGGCUCUCCGGGGCAAGAAACAGAAAGAAUGCUCAGAUAAGUCGUGCCUGAGGACACCUUCUCUAAAGAAGAGAGUUUCAGAUGCCAAUCUGGAAGGAAAAAAAGAUUCCGGAAUGCUGAAGUACAUCAGACUUCAGGUGAUGAGCUUGUCGCCUGCUCCCUUAUCUCUGUUAAUCAAGGCAGCACCAAUUCUGACAGAGGAGAUGUACGGAGACAUCCAGCCGGCUGCCUGGGAGCUCCUGCUCAGCAUGGAUGAGCACAUGGCAGGGGCAGCAGCUGCCAUGUUCCUGCUGUGUGCAGUGAAGGUCCCUGAGGCCGUGUCCGACAUGCUGAUGUCAGAGUUCCACCACCCGGAGACCGUGCAGAGGCUGAACGCUGUCCUCAAGUUCCACACGCUGUGGAGGUUUCGCUAUCAGGUCUGGCCCCGGAUGGAGGAAGGGGCACAGCAGAUUUUUAAGAUUCCGCCUCCCAGUAUCAAUUUCACCCUUCCCUCGCCGGUGCUUGGAAUGCCAUCCGUCCCAAUGUUUGACCCACCGUGGGUUCCUCAGUGCAGCGGGAGUGUCCAGGACCCCAUUAAUGAAGACCAGUCUAAAUCCUUUUCUGCCCGGGCUGUGUCCCGCUCCCAUCAAAGGGCAGAACACAUCUUAAAGAACUUGCAGCAGGAGGAAGAAAAGAAACGUCUUGGUCGAGAAGCCAGCCUCAUCACCGCCAUCCCCAUCACCCAGGAGGCUUGCUAUGAGCCUACAUGCACACCCAACUCAGAGCCGGAAGAAGAAGUAGAAGAAGUCACCAAUCUGGCAUCCCGUCGACUGUCUGUGAGUCCAUCCUGCACCUCCAGUACUUCCCACAGGAAUUAUUCCUUCCGCCGCGGGUCAGUCUGGUCAGUGCGUUCAGCCGUCAGUGCUGAAGAUGAGGAACAUACCACUGAACACACGCCGAACCACCAUGUGCCUCAGCCCCCACAAGCAGUGUUCCCAGCAUGCAUCUGUGCAGCAGUACUUCCCAUUGUUCAUCUGAUGGAGGAUGGUGAGGUGCGGGAAGAUGGAGUAGCAGUGAGUGCUGUGGCUCAACAAGUCUUAUGGAACUGUCUAAUUGAAGAUCCAUCAACGGUUCUUCGACAUUUUCUGGAAAAACUGACCAUCAGCAAUAGACAAGACGAGUUAAUGUACAUGCUGCGCAAACUUCUCUUGAAUAUUGGAGACUUUCCUGCUCAGACAUCUCACAUCCUAUUCAACUAUUUGGUAGGAUUAAUCAUGUACUUUGUGCGGACCCCCUGCGAGUGGGGGAUGGAUGCCAUUUCAGCCACCCUGACAUUCCUGUGGGAGGUGGUGGGUUACGUGGAGGGCCUCUUCUUCAAGGAUCUCAAGCAGACGAUGAAGAAGGAGCAGUGCGAGGUGAAGCUCCUGGUGACCGCUUCAAUGCCAGGUACUAAAACCUUGGUAGUUCAUGGACAGAAUGAGUGCGAUAUCCCAACCCAGUUACCAGUCCAUGAAGACACUCAAUUUGAAGCCCUGUUGAAGGAGUGUCUGGAGUUUUUUAAUAUCCCAGAAUCCCAGUCAACACAUUAUUUUCUUAUGGAUAAACGAUGGAACCUUAUCCACUACAAUAAGACCUAUGUUCGAGAUAUUUAUCCUUUCCGGAGGUCAGUAUCUCCCCAGCUGAACCUUGUACAUAUGCAUCCAGAGAAGGGACAGGAGCUCAUUCAGAAACAGGUGUUCACCCGCAAGCUGGAAGAAGUAGGGCGGGUGUUGUUUCUCAUCUCCUUAACCCAGAAGAUCCCCACAGCCCACAAACAGUCCCACGUCUCCAUGCUUCAGGAAGACCUCCUCCGCCUGCCCUCAUUCCCUCGUAGUGCUAUUGAUGCUGAGUUUUCACUCUUCAGCGAUCCUCAAGCUGGAAAGGAACUGUUUGGCCUCGACACUCUUCAGAAAAGCUUGUGGAUCCAGCUGCUGGAGGAAAUGUUCCUGGGCAUGCCGAGCGAGUUUCCAUGGGGAGACGAAAUCAUGCUUUUCCUCAACGUUUUUAACGGGGCUCUGAUCCUCCACCCAGAAGACAGUGCCCUGCUCAGGCAGUACGCUGCCACCGUCAUCAACACCGCAGUGCACUUCAACCACCUCUUCUCUCUCAGCGGCUACCAGUGGAUUCUCCCCACCAUGCUGCAGGUGUACUCCGACUAUGAAAGCAAUCCCCAGCUGCGUCAAGCCAUCGAAUUUGCCUGUCACCAGUUCUACGUUCUACACCGGAAGCCCUUUGUGCUCCAGCUGUUUGCUAGUGUGGCCCCUCUCCUGGAAUUUCCUGAUGCUGCCAAUAAUGGGCCCAGCAAAGGUGUGUCAGCUCAGUGCCUGUUUGACUUGCUGCAGUCCCUAGAGGGAGAGACCACCGACAUAUUAGACAUCUUAGAGCUGGUCAAAGCUGAGAAGCCUCUCAAGUCAUUAGAUUUCUGCUAUGGAAACGAAGAUCUGACGUUUUCUAUCAGUGAAGCCAUUAAGCUCUGUGUCACCGUGGUGGCGUAUGCUCCCGAAUCAUUCAGAAGUCUUCAGAUGCUGAUGGUCUUGGAAGCCUUAGUUCCAUGUUACCUACAAAAGCUAAAGAGGCAGACAUCACAGGUGGAGACAGUACCUGCUGCCCGAGAAGAGAUUGCGGCCACUGCUGCUCUUGCGACGUCCCUACAGGCCCUUUUAUACAGUGUAGAGGUCCUCACCAGGCCCAUGACAGCCCCACAGAUGAGCAGGUGUGACCAAGGUCAUAAGGGAACCACCACAGCCAAUCACACCAUGUCGUCUGGGGUGAACACCAGGUACCAGGAACAAGGAGCCAAACUGCACUUUAUCAGGGAAAACCUUCAUUUACUGGAGGAAGGGCAAGGCCUUCCCAGAGAGGAACUGGAUGAACGAAUUGCUCGGGAAGAGUUCAGAAGACCCCGGGAGUCCUUACUGAAUAUUUGCACAGAGUUCUAUAAGCACUGUGGGCCGCGGCUGAAGAUCUUGCAAAAUCUGGCUGGGGAGCCUCGGGUCACUGCCCUGGAACUGCUGGAUGUGAAGUCUCAUAUGAGGUUGGCAGAAAUUGCACACUCCCUUCUGAAGCUGGCACCAUAUGACACUCAGACAAUGGAGAGUCGUGGGCUUCGGCGCUACAUCAUGGAGAUGCUACCCAUUACUGACUGGACAGCUGAGGCAGUGAGGCCGGCCCUCAUCCUCAUUUUAAAAAGAUUGGAUAGAAUGUUCAAUAAAAUUCAUAAGAUGCCUACUUUGAGGCGACAGGUUGAGUGGGAGCCUGCCAGCAAUUUGAUUGAAGGGGUUUGUUUGACACUUCAGAGGCAGCCAAUCAUAUCCUUCCUGCCUCACCUUAGGUCACUGAUCAAUGUCUGUGUCAAUCUGGUGAUGGGAGUGGUAGGACCUUCCAGUGUUGCUGAUGGAUUACCCCUUCUUCAUCUCAGCCCUUAUCUCUCACCACCUCUGCCCUUCAGCACAGCUGUUGUCCGGCUUGUAGCAUUGCAGAUACAGGCUUUAAAAGAAGAUUUUCCUUUAAGCCAUGUGAUCUCCCCAUUCACCAAUCAAGAGCGAAGGGAGGGGAUGCUUUUAAAUCUGCUCAUCCCAUUUGUGCUCACAGUAGGAUCUGGAAGCAAAGAUAGCCCAUGGCUGGAGCAGCCUGAGGUGCAGCUGCUGCUGCAGACAGUCAUCAAUGUGCUCCUCCCACCGCGGAUCAUCAGCACAUCCAGGAGCAAGAACUUCAUGUUAGAGAGCUCCCCAGCCCACUGCUCCACCCCUGGGGAUGCAGGGAAAGACCUGCGCAGGGAAGGGCUGGCUGAGUCCACCAGCCAAGCAGCAUACUUGGCGCUGAAGGUGAUUCUCGUCUGCUUUGAGAGGCAGCUCGGAAGCCAGUGGUACUGGCUGAGCCUCCAGGUGAAGGAGAUGGCUCUGCGGAAGGUGGGAGGCCUGGCCCUUUGGGAUUUCCUCGACUUCAUCGUGCGGACCCGAAUACCCAUCUUUGUGCUUUUGCGCCCUUUCAUCCAGUGCAAGCUGCUGGCCCAACCAGCAGAGAAUCAUGAAGAGCUUUCCGCCCGGCAACAUAUUGCCGACCAGCUGGAGCGGCGCUUCAUACCACGCCCUUUGUGUAAGAGCUCGCUCAUUGCUGAGUUCAACAGUGAACUAAAAAUUCUAAAAGAGGCAGUUCAUAGUGGAUCAGCCUACCAAGGCAAGACAUCCAUCAGUACCGUGGGCACCUCCACCUCUGCUUACCGCCUGAGCUUGGCCACCAUGUCCCGCUCUAACACGGGCACGGGCACUGUCUGGGAGCAGGACAGUGAGCCAUCCCAGCAGGCUUCGCAGGACACCCUGAGUCGGACUGAUGAGGAAGAUGAGGAAAAUGACUCUAUAAGCAUGCCCAGCGUGGUAAGUGAACAAGAAGCUUACCUCCUGAGUGCCAUUGGAAGGAGGCGAUUCUCCAGCCAUGUCUCCAGCAUGUCUGCACCUCAGGCUGAGGUGGGCAUGCUACCCAGCCAGAGUGAACCUAAUGUCCUCGAUGACUCCCAGGGCCUGGCCACCGAGGGCAGCCUCUCUAGGGUGGCAAGUAUACAGAGUGAACCUGGUCAACAGAACCUCCUCGUUCAGCAGCCACUGGGGAGGAAGAGGGGCCUGAGGCAGCUAAGACGUCCUCUACUAUCACGUCAGAAAACUCAGAAUGAACCCAGAAAUCGCCAAGGGGCUCGGCUGUCAACCACUCGCAGGAGCAUUCAACCUAAAACGAAGCCGUCUGCAGAUCAGAAACGAUCUGUGACCUUCAUUGAGGCUCAGCCAGAGCCAGCAGCUGCCCCAACAGAUGCGCUUCCUGCAACAGGCCAACUACAGGGCUGCAGCCCAGGCCCUUCUAGGAAACCAGAAGCAAUGGACGAACCAGUCCUCACAUCUUCUCCCGCCAUAGUUGUUGCGGAUCUCCACAGCCUGUCUCCCAAGCAGAGUGAGAACUUCCCCACUAAAGAAGGAGAAAAGAAGGAGGACACAGAAGCACAAGGUGCUACUGCACACAGUCCACUCUCUACCCAACUCUCUGACCCUGAUGACUUCACAGGCCUCGAGACAUCCAGCCUCCUACAGCAUGGAGACACUGUCCUUCACAUCAGUGAGGAAAAUGGCAUGGAGAACCCGCUACUAUCUAGCCAGUUCACCUUUACUCCCACUGAGCUGGGGAAAACGGAUGCAGUAUUAGAUGAGUCUCAUGUUUAAUUCUGUAUCUUGUAAGCUCUGCAGGUAUGGAGAAGACAUGAAAGUGAUCUCUCUACUACAAGUUCAAUACUUUUGCUUGAAAAAGAUUAAUUACAAAAUAGCACUUUACUUCUAAUGGGUGGCACAAAUCUGAAUAGGUUUUGCUGCCAAUACACAUGAUGUUUCAUAAACAUCUUAAAAGUCAAUGGCUAAAAGGAUUUAGUUGUGUGAAAAUCAUAAAACCAGGGAGGAAUAAGGGGAAAGAGCCAUUUCACUGCACAUUGUUUAUGAUUCAAGAAGCCUUCAGCAGUUAAAAAUAUAUACUAUUCAGUGCUGCUUUCAUAGAAAUAUUAACAAAUGAUAUGAUCUAAAAAUAGAAUGCAAUUUUUUGAGAUUACUCACAUUAUACAUCUCAUGCAAAUAUUUAUUUUUAUAGUUUAAAAAAUAUCAAUUCAGGUUGGCUAUACAAGUAGCAAUUUACAUUAAAAAAUAAUUAAUGGGAAAAAUAUUACUUUGGGGAGACUAAAUAACAAAUAUGCCUGCAGCCAUUUUUGUUUUGAUUAACAAUACAGCCAUUUAGAAGAAGAAAAAAAUACUAUAUAGAGAGCUGUCACUUUUAGAUACUUAUUUUUCAACUACCAUUUUCAUUGCAUGUUGUAAAUCAAAAUGCAGAUGGCAUAAGAUCAUCCCAUUUCAUAAUCUGUCACAUUAGAAUAUUAGAGAAUAUUCUAGAAAUAAUCAGAAAUAAUUCUGAAUUAAGAACCUAAACAGCCUAUACAAUUAUAAAAACUAAAUGUAAAUAUAAUCACUUAAAAGAGAUGGUAUUCCUAUUCCUGGCCCUGACUACAUCAAUACCAAGAUUAGAAGAUAUGGGAAAAUGUGAUUAGUAAUACUUUUCCUUAUAGUAUCCUGUGCCUGCCCUGGAGGCCAUAUUUUCAGAUAUUAAGGUUAGUGUUGUUAGAAUCGGUUUAAUAAAAUAACAUUUUCCUAAUAGAAACAAUAUUCUUAUGAUACUUGGAACAUCUAAGUUUAUAAGGAAAAACGUGUAAAGUAAGCAAUUUCUUCAUAGACACCUCCAGUUUAUAUAUUUUACAAAUAGGCCUUUAACUUGAAGUUCAGUUACUUCAAGAAAA